AUGUCGCAGCGGGCAAUCUUCCGCAUUCUCGUAACUCAAUCUUCGCGCGCGGUUCGUAUUCGGGGGCGCGUCGCCUCCGCGCACGAGGCUGCUGCGGCUGGCAAUGCGGAGCGUGCCGAGUCCCAGGACGCGCCAAUGCGGGCCUACGCUCUCGCCAGCCCGGCGCAGCACGCGCUCGGUCACAUCGAGGGCCAGAAGCUGUGCCACACACCCUCCGUACCGGCACCUAGAGCGCGCACGACGUCGACGAGGGGAUUUUGCUCGACAUGCACAUCCUUCCCCCUCGUUUGCGUCAUCUCGUCCGCGUCGUCUCCCCCACGUCGGCGCCGCCUGCCGCCCCUCUGCGCUGGGCCGCCGACGCACGCAUGCCGCCACCCGCUCUCGGCCCCACCACGCCUGCUCGUUGCCGGCGACAUUCGCGAUGCCGCCCUUCUCGACGCAACGUCGCCGCAGACGCUCCUGAUGUCUCCGCCCGACACCUUCGACGCCGUCUUCCUCACCACCGUCCCCUACCGUCUUCUUCACCGCCGUGCCCCACCCUUAGCGCACGCCUGCAGGCCUGAGGUGCGCCGCUCAUCCCUGCACGUCGACCUCUUAUCUAAUUCUCCCCUCAGCGGCGGGCCGUUGAUGACGGCGGCGACGGAGGAGGAGGACGACGACGACAACGAGAUGAAGUGUCUGGGACGGGACAUGACGUCGGGGGCGAGACGGGAUGUCGGGGAGAUGGUGGGGACGCGGCCGAGGGCGGCGACGAGCUGGGACCUUCGCGACGAGCUGGGACCUUCGCGACGGGCAGCCAGCGACGAGCCACGAUAG